AUGCCGCAGUCCACAUCCGACUCGCAAUCGACCACGGCCCAAGAAGGUCGCUCGACGGGCACGACCAGCAACGAAGCGCCUUUACCUCUGUCGAGUGAUCUCCUCGAGAAGAGUCCGAAUGAUAAUGAGGGCGCCUCUCAUUCCAGCGACAGGGGCGAUCCAAAGCUCCAAUAUGCGACCCCUUUCCGCCUAGUGAUCAUCAUGUUUACUUUGAGUUUGAGCACUUUGAUCGCCGCCUUGGAUCUCGGUAUUGUCGCCACAGCCAUUCCUCAAAUCACCAGUGAUUUUCACGCGCUGGACCAUAUCGGUUGGUACAGUGGCGCAUGUUUUCUUCUCGUCGGCACCACCUCCGCCCCAUGGGGCAAGAUGUACAAAUACUUCUCGGUGCAGUACAUAUACAUGACGGCUCUUGCUCUGUAUCUGGUUGGAAGCAUUGUGGCUGCGGCGGCGCCGAAUAGCAUCGCCUUGAUCAUUGGCCGAGCAAUACAAGGCUGGGGGUGUGCCGGCACCCUUGGAGGCUCUGUGAUCAUUAUCAACUUCACGACAGAGCCCAAGGCGCGUCCCAUGCUUAUCGGUCUAUGGAUGGGCAUCUUCAUGAUUGCCACCACCAUUGGGCCUCUCAUGGGCGGGGUUUUCACCACCGAACUCACCUGGCGCUGGUGCUUUUGGAUUAACCUGCCGGUGGGUGGCCCGGCCAUCGUUUUGCAGUUCCUCUUCCUGCGAAUGCCGAAACACAUCAGACCGACCCCGGCCACAUGGAAAGAAAUUCUUUUUCAUCUAGAUCUCCCCGGCUGCACUCUGUUGCUCACUUCGAUUCUCUGCUUCCUCCUAGCCAUGGAAUGGGGCGGUUUGGGCAAACCGUGGAAUAGCGGCUCGGUCAUCGCCACUUUGGUCGUUUGGAUCAUUUUGACAAUUGCUUUCUUCAUCAUCGAGUGGCUCCAGGGCGACUUUGCUAUCAUGCCCCUCAGAAUGCUGAAACCCCGGAUCACAUGGUCCAACCUUUUGUAUGCGUGGAUCGGCAACCUGGCCAAUUUCCAGAUCCUCUUCUAUCUGCCCAUCUACUUCCAGUCUAUCCACGGAAUGUCCGCCAUCAAAAGCGGCGUUUAUAGUCUUCCGUUCAUGGCCUUCUAUAGUUUUGGGGCAAUGCUCAGCGGUAUUCUCGUCGGGAAGACUCGUCUCCUGCAACCGUUCCAGCUUGCCAGUGGUCUGAUCGCUAUUCUGGGCGCCGCGCUGAUCUAUUGCAUCGAAGUCGAUACUUCCAAGUCGUGGUAUAUCGGUGCGCAGAUUCCUUUCGGUUUUGGGAUCGGUCUUGGGAACCAGGUCCCCGUCACAGCACUGCAGGGCUUUGCGACGCCAGAAACUGUAGCGGCAACUACGGGCGUAGCGUUCAUGUGUCAAGCCAUGAGCGGCGCCUACUUUGUCUCGGCGGGUAAUUCCCUGUUCAACAACUACCUGCUGAAACAACUCGCGAUAACCGCCCCUCAACUUGAUCCGCAGAUGAUUCUCUACACGGGGGUGUCCGAGCUUCAGAAUACCUUUCGAGGUGAAGAGCUAGCCUUGGUGCGAAAGGCAUACAUGGUUGGGAUCAAGAAUGUUUUUGCCUUUGCUAUGGCCGGUGCAGCAUUCACCAUUGUAUUGGCGAUGCUGGUUCCCUUCAAGAAACUGCCUUCUCAUGAAGAUAAGAUGGUCCAAGAUAAGGAGGCGGCCGCCCAGGUCAAUAAAUGA